AUGACCGUUUUAACACUGAAAGGUUCACAAGAGGCUGAGCAGUUUGUAACUGCAAUGAAAGCAAUAAACCCAAUAAACGUGACAGCCAAAACGGAUGCUGAAAAAACAAGCCAGUGGAAACCUAUUCAAAUAUCUGAGGAAAUGGAAUUAAAGAUGGGGAUUAGGUACUCUUUGCGGUAUAUGCAUACUCGAAGGUCGAAGAGCAUUGACCUAGCUUCCUUUGAUCCUGAGCUUGAACAAACACUUCGAAAGCUUCGGAGAAAAAUCAAGCAGCAGCGUGCAACGGUGUCCUUGCCACCAUCUUCUCCACCACAUUUGAGUUCAGAAGAGGAGGAAGAACCACCAGAAGACAUGGCUGAUAACCGUACUUUGAGGGAGUUGGCAACGCCAAAUACGGAUCAACAGCCAUUGUGCAUCACAUAUCCAAAUGCAGAAGGAGGAUUUGAGCUCAAGUCUGGCAUGAUUCACUACUUGCCUAAGUUCCAUGGCUUUUCAACAGAGGAUGCCAACAAGCAUCUCAUGGAGUUUCACGUGGUAUGCUCAGGAAUGAGACCAGCAAAUGUGAAUGAGGAGCAAGUCAAGUUGAGGGCAUUUCCAUUUACAUUAGAAGCUAAGGCAAAGGAGUGGCUUUACAAUUUACCUCCGGGAUCAAUGAACACAUGGAACCAGGUAAAGCAAGCAUUCUUGGAGCAAUAUUUUCCGGCCACAAAAGCUGCAAGCAUAAGGAAAGACAUAUCUGCAAUUCGACAACAACAUGGAGAGCCCUUUGGAGAUUACUAUGAGCGGUUCACGCAUUUGGUUGCAUCUUGUCCUAAUCAUCAAAUUUCUGAGCAUCUUCUAAUACAAUACUUUUAUGAGGGAUUGUGUGGUACUGAUCGUGUAAUGCUUGAUGCAGCAAGUGGAGGAGCAUUCAUGGACAAAACACCAACUAAUGCUAGGGCAUUGCUAAAGAACAUUGCUGGCAACACACGACAAUUUGGAGGGAGAGAUGAGCUACCUUUUAAGAAAGUUAAUGAGGUUAUGGUGGCUCCAAAACAAGUGUGUGGUGUAUGUUCAAUCAUGGGACAUGCCACGGACAUGUGCCCUUUGUUGAUGGAUCAAGGUGGUCAUGAGCAAGCUAAUGCGUUAGGAGGGUUUCAGGGGCAACAAAGGCAAAAGUAUGAUCCAUACUCCAACACUUAUAAUGUAGGGUGGCGCGAUCAUCCACACUUCAAGUGGAGUAAUCAAGACAAUGGACAACAAUCUGUUCCCAACAACUAUAACCGUCCACCUGGCUUUUCUCAAGCAAGACCGCAUGCACCAUUGCAGCCUCAACAACAACAACCUCCAAGUAAGUCUCUUGAGGAUUUAAUUGCUUCUUUAGCUAACUCUACUCAGUCUCAUCAACAAAAAACAGACAAAGCAAUUGAGAACCUUGAGCGCCAAAUGAGUCAGUUAGCGGGUUUGAUAGGGCAACAACAACAGCCAGGAAGGUUGCCUAGCCAAACUGUGGUGAAUCCAAAUGCAGAGCAGAUGAAUGUUGUGACUUUAAGGAGUGGAAAAGAAGUUUUUGAGCAGCCAAGGAUGCAAAAGAGGAUUAGAAAAGAUACAAAUGGGCAAGGGGAGCAACAAACCAAAAAUUUUGAGCAAAAUGAGGCUUCAACAAAAACUGAAGAGUCUCUUAAAGCUACAGAAUUGAGCAAAAACAAUUCUGAUAAGGUAAGUAAAGAAGUUCAAAAUUCAUUUAACUCAUGUGUCCCUAUUCCUUUCCCUCGCAGGUUUAUGAAGUCUAAGAAAGAGCAAACUGAUAAGGAAAUCUUGGAUACUUUUCGGAAAGUCCAAGUGAACUUACCUCUUUUAGAUGCCAUAAAACAAGUGCCCAAGUAUGCAAAGUUCCUUAAAGAGCUUUGUACGAACAAGAGGAGAUUCGAUGAUCAAGAAACUGUGGCAUUAAACGAGGAAGUAUCAGCUGUUUUGCAGAGGAAGCUGCCACCGAAGUUGAAGGAUGCCGGUAGCUUUACCAUUCCUUGUGUAGUCGGAGGGAAAGAGUUUGGCAGAGCAUUGUGUGAUUUGGGGGCAUCUAUCAAUCUGAUGCCAUAUUCAGUGUAUGAAUCAUUGGACCUUGGAGAGUUAAAGGAAACAAAGGUAGUAAUCCAGUUGGCAGAUCGUUCAAAUAGAUAUCCUAAAGGCCUAUUGGAGGAUGUACUUGUGCAAGUGAAUGAGCUCAUUUUUCCCGCUGAUUUUUUUGUUCUUGAGAUGGAACAUGACCCUAUGCCUACUGCACUUCCUCUUAUAUUGGGAAGACCAUUCCUUAGAACGGCACGUACGAAGAUUGAUGUCUACGAUGGUACCUUAACCAUGGAAAUUGAUGGAGAAAGCGUCAAGUUCAGAAUCUUCGAUGCCAUGAGGUACCCUAGUGAUUUUGCAUCUUGUUUUUCUAUUGAUAAGUUUGAUUAUUUUAAGGUGUUAGUGCAUAGCAUUACACGUGGAACGCUUAAUUAUUCCGAGCACAUUGAAGAAGAAUUAAUCCAAAUAGUGGCAGCCCUUGAGUCUCUUUCACCAAUUCGUGGUAAGUCUUCUUCCUAUUUUAUUUCUCUUCCUACUUCUAAUGAAAAGACUUUUCCUUCUGUAAUUCAGGCACCCAAAUUGGAGCUUAAACCGAUUCCUAAACAUUUGAAGUACGCAUUUUUGGGGGAAGAUGAAACAUUACCGGUCAUCAUAUCGUCACAACUCACAACAGAAGAGGAAGAGAAACUGAUUCGGGUACUGAAGGAUCAUAAAACUGCCAUAGCUUGGAGCAUUGCAGAUAUCAAAGGUAUAAAUCCAGCUACAUGUAUGCAUAGAAUUCUGUUGGAGGAAGGUGCAAAACCAACAAGGGAAGCUCAACGCCGUUUGAACCCACUCAUGAUGGAAGUCGUCAAGAAAGAGGUUAUCAAACUUCUUGAUGUUGGAAUCAUAUAUCCUAUCUCAGACAGCAAGUGGGUGAGCCCUGUUCAAGUAGUUCCUAAGCGAUCCGGAGUCACAAUUGUUAAGAAUGAAGCUAAUGAGCUAGUACCUACACGAGGAAUUGAAGUUGAUAAAUCUAAAGUAGAACUUGUUAGUUCAUUACCCCUCCCUACUACUGUCAGGGAGGUUCGUUCUUUUCUUGGACAUGCAGGUUUCUACCGUAGGUUUAUAAAGGACUUCUCAAGGAUUUCUAGACCCUUAUGCCGUUUGCUUCAAAAGGAUGCAACAUUUGAUAUGAAUGAAGAGUGUGUGGUAGCAUUCAACAAGCUUAAGGAGUUGUUAUCCACGGCUCCUGUGAUCAUGCCACCAGAUUGGAGUUUACCAUUUGAGUUGAUGUGUGAUGCUUCAGACUAUGCCGUCGGUGCAGUUCUAGGGCAGCGUGUCAACAAAGUGCCACAUGUCAUCUAUUAUGCAUCUCGAACACUCAAUGAUGCACAGUUGAAUUAUUCAACAACAGAGAAGGAGCUUUUAGCUGUUGUAUUUGCUUUAGACAAAUUUAGAUCUUAUCUGAUUGGGACUAAAGUUAUUGUGUUUUCUGACCAUGCAGCUUUGAAGUACCUACUCACAAAAAAAGAUGCAAAACCACGACUCAUUCGAUGGAUACUUCUGCUUCAAGAGUUUGACUUGGAGAUCAGGGAUAAGAAAGGGACUGAGAAUGUUGUAGCAGAUCAUCUUAGCAGACUUGUGCAUUCACACACAGAGGAAGAUCUCAUCCCUUUACGUGAGAGUUUUCCGGAUGAACAAUUGUUUUCCUUAAAGGCCACUGACCCUUGGUAUGCAGAUAUUAUCAAUUACAAGGUCACCAAAAAGAUUCCGGAUGAUUUUACACGUGCUCAGAAAGAUAAGCUUGUCAAAACCGCCAAAUAUUACGAGUGGGAUGAUCCUUAUUUGUGGAAAUAUUGCCCUGAUCAAUUGAUUAGAAGGUGUGUCCCCGAAUCUGAGUUUAAAUCUAUUCUAACUUUUUGUCACUCUUAUGCAUGUGGCGGCCAUUUUGGAGCAAAAAGGACAGCGCUUAAGGUGCUAGGGAGUGGUUUUUAUUGGCCUAGUUUGUUUAAGGAUGCGUACGAGUUUUGUGCAACAUGUGAUCGUUGUCAACGAACAGGUAACUUGGGCCCAAGAAAUCAAAUGCCACAAACCCCUAUUUUAAUUGUUGAAAUCUUUGAUGUGUGGGGCAUUGAUUUCAUGGGGCCUUUUCCAUCUUCAAAUGGUUUUCUCUACAUUUUAUUGGCUGUGGAUUAUGUUUCUAAAUGGGUGGAAGCAAAAGCCACCAAAACAAAUGACUCAAAAGUUGUCUCAGAUUUUAUUAAGACUAACAUUUUUGCAAGAUUUGGAACACCUAGAGCAGUCAUCAGCGAUGGAGGGAGUCAUUUUUGCAAUAGAACAUUUGAAGCGUUGCUUAGGAAGUACAAUGUCACACAUAAGGUGUCUACACCUUAUCAUCCGCAAACAAGUGGUCAAGCAGAAGUAUCAAACCGAGAGGUAAAGCAAAUUUUGGAGAAAACUGUGAGUCCAAGUAGGAAGGAUUGGAGCAUGCGCUUGAACGAUGCAUUGUGGGCUUAUAGGACUGCCUAUAAGACUCCUAUUGGAAUGUCCCCAUUUCGGUUAGUUUAUGGGAAACCAUGUCGUCUUCCAGUAGAAUUAGAGCACAAAGCUUAUUGGGCGAUCAAAGCCUACAACAUGGACAUGAGUGUUGCUGGAAAGCAGAGGAAGCUUCAAUUGAAUGAGUUAGAUGAAAUCCGGAAUGAUGCGUACGAGUCUAGUCGCAUAUACAAGGAGAAAUCGAAGGCAUUUCAUGAUAAGAUGAUUUUAAGGAAGAGCUUUGUCAUUGGACAGAAAGUUCUUCUAUUUAAUUCUCGCCUUCGGUUAUUUCCAGGUAAGCUUCGUUCUCGUUGGGUUGGUCCAUUUGUUAUAACUAAUAUUUUUCCUCAUGGUGCAGUGGAACUCCAAAGUGCAAAGACCGGAAACGUGUUCAAAGUGAAUGGGCAUAGACUCAAGCCAUAUUACGAGUCUUUUACAGAGCAUGAUGUGGAGGUUGUACCCCUCCAAGAACCAGCUCCCCUUGGAUGAUUACUCUUGGUACCGUCCGGCGGCGGACGUAAAAGCAAGCGCUUAUUGGGAGGCAACCCAAUAUUUCUAUUCAUUGUCUU